CUGCCACCACCCCCUACACCUCUAUAAAGAGAGACGUCCAGCCGACGUCGCAUUCGCUUCCCGCACAAAACUCACAUCCCAACAAUCUCCCCCAAGUGUAAAUUUCUUUGCUUUUAAAUCGAUUUGAAUCCUCGUCCACCCACCCCAACUCUCAAUUGUAAUCUCACCGCCACUGCGCCCAAUCCACUUCGCAAUGGCCCUUCUUCGUGGUGUGUUUGUGGUGGCGGCCAAGCGGACGCCGUUCGGCGCGUACGGCGGUUCCCUCAAGGACCUGACGGCCACCGACCUUGCCGAGCACGCGUCGCGCGCCGCUCUUGCCGCCGCCAAACUCUCGCCCGAGAACAUCGACAGUGUCAUCGUCGGAAACGUCAUUCAGAGCUCGUCGGACGCCGCGUACAUGGCUCGGCACGUGGGCCUGCGCAUCGGCGUGCCCAUCCCGGCUCCGGCACUGACCCUGAAUCGUCUGUGCGGCUCCGGCUUCCAGGCUGUCAUUUCCGGCACGCAGGAGAUCUGCGUGCGCGACGCGGAGGUGGUGCUGUGCAGCGGCGCAGAGAACAUGAGCCAGUCCCCUUACGCCGUGCGAGACAUCCGCUUCGGCACCCGGCUUGGGAUGGACCUCAAGAUGGAGGACACUCUGUGGAACGGGCUGACGGACCAGCACAUCAAGAUGCCGAUGGGCAUCACGGCCGAGAACCUGGCGGAGAAGUACAAGCUCUCGAGGGAGGACUGCGACCGCCACGCGCUGCAGUCGCAGCAGCGCUGGCUCGCUGCGCACGAGGGCGGUAACUUCAAGGAGGAGAUGGCACCCAUCGAGAUCAAGGUGAAGAAAGGCAAGCAGAUGAUGGACAAGGACGAGCACGCGCGGCCCACUGUCACCCUGGAGCAACUCGGCAAGCUCCCGAACGUCUUCAAGAAGGGCGGCGUCGUCACCGCUGGCAACGCCUCCGGCGUGUCGGACGGAGCUGCGACUGUGCUGAUUGCGAGCGAGGAAGCCGUUAAGAAGCUCAAACUCACCCCACUGGCCAGAAUCGUGGCCUAUCACGUGUCUGGCUGUGAUCCCAACAUCAUGGGCAUAGGCCCAGUCUCGGCCAUCCAGGGAGCUCUGAAGAAGGCUGGAUUGAGCAUCAAGGACAUGGACCUGGUGGAUAUCAACGAGGCGUUUGCGCCGCAGUACCUGUCCUGUGCCAAGGAGCUUGGGCUGGACCCUGCGAAGAGCAACGUCAAUGGUGGUGCCAUCGCACUGGGUCACCCGCUGGGGGCGUCGGGCACACGCAUCACGGCCAACCUGGUGCACGAGCUCAGGCGACGCGGUGGCAAGUAUGCUGUCGGGUCUGCGUGCAUCGGAGGUGGCCAGGGCAUCGCGAUUGUGCUGCAGAAUGUCAGCUGAAGCGAGCCUGGAUCAACAGGUGUUGCGACAAGCUGGGCUAAGCCAGUCUAUUAAGUGGGCCUCUCCAAGAAAUGGAGAUUAAAAGAAAAGUGAAAACCAUAAAACAAUAUAAAUUUGGCCCACCUGAGUAGUAAAUGGGGUUAUCUGUUCACGUGGGAAAUAAUGUGCCUUCAUUGGGUUAAACUGUAUAGCUGCAACUGUGACACAAGUUAUCCAAAAACUGCUUUGUACAUGUUUUCACAUGUUUUCACUCAUACAUAGCUUGAUAUUCGUAUGUACAUAUAUACGUAACAUGUAAUGUACUCUCUACAUGCAUCCAUUCACCAUAUACUCCAACUAUGCCAAGAAAUCUUGAGUACAUUUAAAGGGCUGUUUUUUUUAAAGGAGCUUAAAUGAUAUUUUUGGCAAAUAGGGUGCAACUUAAUAUUGUGCUGCUUGUACGGGAAGUUGAAGGCCAAGCAUCUUUUGGAAAUAAACAACUUUUAUUGCAAA